AGUUAUGGGAGUUCUGGGUUUUCUGCAAUUCACUCCCCCUCAAGUUCCGCCUCAUCAGACCCUCUCUUCUUCUUCUUCUGCAAAUUGUAAUAAGAACCUUCUUACAAGACGUAAAGCUAUAAUCUUUAGUUCCUCUAUAGUGGCCUCUUAUGUCCACCUGUAUCAAAAUUCAACUAUUUCUUCACUUCACUCUGCCUUUGCCCAACAAACGGAAGACCUUCAGCAGGAAGAAGACCGGCUCGUUCAUGUCUUCGAGGAAACUUCGCCUUCAGUCGUGUUCAUUGAAGACAUUGAAUUAGCAAAAAUCCCCAAGAGCUCUACUGAGGCCAUGCAGUCCGAAGAUGACAAUGCAAAAGUUGAAGGGACAGGUUCGGGCUUCAUCUGGGAUAAGUUUGGUCACAUUGUCACUAACUAUCACGUCAUAGCUAAGUUGGCUACAGAUAGAAGUGGACUACAGCGUUGUAAGAUAUUGCUUGUUGAUGCAAGCGGCAACAGCUUUUCCAGAGAAGGCAAGAUUAUUGGUUUUGAUCCAUCAUAUGAUUUGGCUGUUCUAAAGGUUCUAACUCAAAGCCUUGUUGCUGUCAUUUGUAGUUCUUUAUUGAUCUGUAAAGGCAUACUAGUUGCUUCCAGAUUCAUUGAAGGAUUGAGCACCAUAGAUCUGCUAGUUGCUGCUGAGGUUGAUGUUGGAGGGCAUGAACUAAAACCAGUCACUCUAGGCAUAUCUCGUGAUUUACGGGUUGGCCAGAGCUGCUUUGCCAUUGGAAAUCCAUACGGAUAUGAGGAUACUUUAACAACAGGGGUAGUGAGUGGGUUAGGGAGGGAAAUACCGUCACCAAACGGCGGAGCCAUCCGUGGUGCAAUUCAAACAGAUGCUGCAAUUAAUGCAGGUUCGUAA